CCGCGCAUGCGCACCGAAUGCAGGUCAACUUUGGUCAAAUAUCUCGCAAUAAACCUCGGUUCUCGCACUCUGAGCUGUCUCCAAACUCUCAAACUUGAACCCAAGACUCAGCAAAUUAUCUCCCCGAGGGACCACGACUACUGCGCUACAUGUCGUCUUUACAAAAGCAAGUGCUGAAGAACAAGCUGCCUCCGAUGCGACCGAAGCCAUUCGCCCGUGUCCCGGAUCGUGGAAAAUGCAGCUCUCGCAAGAAAGACUAUUCUCCCCUGACCUGGCGCAGCUAUUUCACGGAUGCCAAAGACGUCAAGACCGAUGAAGGCAAUGUCUUCCGAGUGUACACGAAAGGAACUACGGGCCCAUUACUUCUGCUGCUUCAUGGAGGUGGCUACAGUGGCCUGACUUGGUCCCUCUUCACUUCCGAAAUGUGCCACAUUGUUGAGUGUCGAGUGGCUGCUCUUGACAUUCGUGGUCAUGGUGAAACCAUGACUACGAACGACAACGACCUGUCUGCUGAGACUCUGUCCAGGGACAUUGGAGCAGUUUACAGCGCAAUGUAUCCCGACGACUCGAACCAGCCUCCCGUCGUAUUGGUGGGCCACAGCAUGGGUGGCGCCGUUGCUGUGCACGCCGGCUACACGAACGUCAUACCGAAUCUGAUUGGUCUCAUAGUGAUUGAUGUCGUCGAAGGGACGGCAAUGGACGCCCUGCAGAGCAUGCAAACGUUUUUGAGGGGCCGGCCGAGCUCUUUCUCUUCCCUCGAGUAUGCCGUGGAGUGGUGCGUACGGAGCGGUCAAGUGCGCAACCUGGAAUCUGCGAGAGUCUCGAUGCCUGCCCAGUUAAAAAACUCGAGGACAGGCGAGCCGGCGACAAAGAGCAUAGUGGAGACGGCAGGCAGCCGGACGGCGGCCGAGGACGCUGAGAAACGUCUGCUGAACGACGAAGCGCCUUCCGUAAUGGCGCGGGUUGACCCGAUUGCUGAGGAACCGGAAGUGGGCACGGCGGAGAAGGUUACGCUGCAGGAUGGCUCCGGGGCCUUCAAGCCACCGUCUGCCGCACGAACGUCCGAGGACUCUGGCAAAUUUGUGUGGCGGAUAGACCUAUCCAGAACGGAGGAAUACUGGAGAGGCUGGUUUGUCGGAUUGUCCUCUCUGUUUCUGAUGGUACCAUGUCCAAAACUUCUUCUCCUGGCCGGUGUCGACCGCCUUGACAAGGAUCUCACCAUCGGUCAGAUGCAAGGCAAGUUCCAGAUGCAAGUGCUUCCCCAGUGUGGCCAUGCGGUGCACGAAGAUGUCCCUGACAAGGUGGCCGAAGCGGUGGCGACGUUUCUGGUGCGCAAUAAAUACGCCGAGCCCACAGCCCACUUUCAACGAACAUUUCCUGCCUGUUAGCCUCCCUCCAAGAUGCGCCCAACAUUAGUACCAGCAGCACGACAACUUCAACCAUUACACCGGUUCCCCCCGGUCGAUGGAUUAAUGGCCAGAUUCAACCCCGACGGUCGCGGGAUUGGGCCAAGCAGAACUUGCCAAAUGCCACCGACGGGUCACUGGAGACAUUCGCCGACUACUCGCUUUGGUGACAAUAAACGCUGUUUCAGCAUUGUUUGCAAGCGUACAGGAAGAAGAAAACUGACAUCUCCUAAUAAAACAGUUGAUGCUUUUAUAAA